AUGGGACUUACAUCGGGCAGUACUAAAACCGACAAAAAAUUGUGCACAAUCGAUGAUCUCUGCGCCAUCUAUCACCCCUUGCAAAGUUAUAUGGGCCUUAACUUCAUGGACUAUAAGCGCAUCAAUGGACGUUUCGCUAUUCCGAGCUCAAAACUGUUGCAAGUAGGAUUAGUCCUGGCUGCUUACGAUUGUAUCGGCAAUGCAAUUAAAUGUGGUGCAGCCAUUGCAUCGGGAAAUGUUACGCUGGCUCAAGAAAUCUUCGCUGUCUUUGGCAUGGCUGUGGUCAUGACGAUGCGUGGCUUUUCGUUGGAAUUAAAUCGCAACAAAUUGUCAAAACUUUACAAUGACUUAGACAGGAUAUUUCCACGCAGCGCGUUCCUACAGCAACGCAUGGAAGUGGAAAAGUGUCAUCGUUAUAUUAAACGCCGCUUUUUCUUCUUUCACAAUUUUGUGUCUGCUGAGUUGGUUCCAUUUUGUACUAUACCAUUAAUUAAGUUUAUGUACGCCUAUGAUUUUGAGGAAAAAGGACCUGUUGCGGAUGAGUUUCACUUGAAUGCAUCGUGGAUGCCGUUUGGUGUAAAGGAAAACCUGUCUGUCUAUCCUUUCAUUUAUGCAUAUGAGACGAUAUUGGCGCUGAUCGCAGUGAAUAUGAUUAUAACCUGGGAUCAAGUGUUCGCUGUAACUAUAUCGCAUUUGUGUAUGUAUUAUCAAUAUUUGGCUAAACUUUUGGAAGAAAUUGAUGUGCGAGAAGCAAACGAUCCGCAACAAAGGCAGGCCUUCUUCAAGCAACUGCACCACUAUAUAUACACACAUCAAUGUCUGAACAGAAUCGCAUCCGAUUUGAAUGAUAUCUUUAAUCUGUCUAUAUUGAUUUCGGAUAUGUGUAUUGCUGCAUCCAUUUGCUUCAAUUUAUUUUUGGUAUCUGAUGCCUCGGACUACCUGGCUGUAGCUACAUAUAUUUCACCCUGCUUGACGGAAAUGUGGCUGCUCUACGAUGUCGCCAAAUGGGGUACGCUAUUGGAGACUGUGACCUCUAGAAUCAAUGAAGUUUUGUACGAACAGCCGUGGUACGAAAGCUCGCUCCAGUUCGAAAAAUAUACGAUGAUGUGGAUGCAAGGUACACAUGAACCAAUAAGGCUGACCGCCUUUAACAUUUUCAACGUAAAUAUGAAACAUUUUCAGGAUAUGAUGAUGUUAGCUUAUCAGAUGUUAACAUUUAUGAAAUCGAAGAGUUAAACAGGAAUUAAUGCACACAUACAUACAUGCAAUUUGUGUGUAUGUAGGUACAUUCAACGUAUGCAAAAUAAAAAUAAUCAC